UGUUGAGAAAGGUAAAGUACUUCUUGACUCCUUUCACCAUAAAAUAAUAUAAAUUAUUUCACAAUUGACGUGAUUUUUGCGCUCUUCAAUGUCUGUAUAAUAUGGUUUCAAUCAAAUCAAUUUGUUACAAAAAUAAAAAGUAGCAAAUGUAUUUUCUCCCUGCAUUUAAGUAAAUCAUUUAGGCUAAACAUGUCAUCACUUUUGUUUCCAGUGAACGUCGUGGCAAUGCUUCAUCAGUUUUGGGAACAGAAGCAGGUAAAGGAAGCCUCCCUCCACCCGGAGAAUUUAGUCGUUUACGAGUCGUCCACCUCUCCGGUCCCACCUUUCAUCUGCUACGUCACAUUACCAGGCGGGAGCUGUUUCGGUAAUUUCCAGAACUGUUACACCAAGGCAGAGGCCAGGCGUGAUGCUGCCCGAAUUGCCCUGAUGAACUCCAUGUUCAAUGAGUUGCCCUCACGCAGGAUCACCCCAGACUUCAUCAAAAGAAGCCUUGAGGAGACUGUGGCUACUACAAAUGGGUGUAUUGAAGAGGCCUCAGAUCCCAGCACAAGUAUUGGAGCAUACUGUCUCAUGCUUGAAUCAAACGCUGGCAAAACAAUGCUGGAAUUUCAGGAGAUCAUGACGAUGUUUCAACUUUUGCACUGGAAUGGGUCACUAAAAGCGUUUCGAGAGAGGAAAUGUAGCCGCCAGAACGUCAUUAACUAUUACUCGCAGCACCGGCUUGAUGAGUGCACACGGAGCCACAUGGUGCUGGACUGGAUGGUGCGGGAGCAGCAGACGCCUGGCCUGGUGUCCCAGCAGCUCCAGGUGGCCCUGCACGAGCUGGAGCAGGCCAGGCGCUCGGGCCGCGAGCUGCGCUUCUACAAGGAGAAGAAAGAGAUCCUGAAUAUUGCUCUAAGUCAGGCUUAUAGCGAGCAGCUGGAGUUCAGCCCAAAUGGGGACCGGUGGUCUCACGUAGAGCCAAACCCAGAUUCUUUCAGACAUAACAGACAGCCGAGCCCGGAGAGCAGCCUGACAGACCAAACUGAAAGCUAUGAAUUCUACUCCCAAGAAAAUAUAAACGAUAGAGAAUCUCUCGGUUGAUCUUCGUAUCAUAUGGAUUAGAAGGCGACUCAUCUCUGGCCAGGAUUAACAUUGAUGUGUUUUUCAGAGGUUGUGGGAGCAGUUAGGAACCUGCUUAAUGAUGUAUCAAUUAUAAUGUGAAAUGAUGGACAGUGGCUCUCCCACCCUCUAGAACUUGGGAUCAGCCGAGUUGAAAUUGUGAGUGUGGUGGCUGUGUGCUAAUGUUAAAAGUAGGCCCUACUGAUAGAGAGAGUAGGCUAUUCGCCCUAUGCCCAUAGACCGAUACUUUCUCUGUUGUUGAUUCACACACAGAUUCCAUCAAUGAGAUCUUACAGGUGCCAAAGUGACACCAAAUGGGCUUAGGCUUCGGGACACUUUUGUAGUAAAAACGCCGUCUUGCUUCGAUAAAAAAAAAGGGAAGACAUAAAAUGUGUUUAUAAUGUAAAUAAAUGUUUCUACUGAUGAUUUGUCUCAGUGCUUAUUUUGUGAUCGCUCUCCACGCACAUUCUCUCAAAUCUAUGGCUGUACACUUUUCACCAAUUUUCACGCCAUAGGACCGUAGGCAUAA